AUGUCCAUGGAGAGCAAAACAGAAGCUUCCCUACGGCCAACCCUCGAAGCAAACAUUGAAAGAAUAUUAGAGCUUCUGAAAGAAGAUGACAACCACCAGGGUCUAGCUGUAACUCCAAAAACCUCUACAAAAUUAAACGUCCUAGACCUUGCCCAUGAUACAGCCUCUUUGGUACGGGCCCAUAUAACAAAGCUUUCCCUUUUAGUUACAAACAGGCCCGUUACAGUUUCUGCAGUCAAUAGAAUUUUGGAUGAGCUUGCCGCCGGCCCGAUUCCUAGCCUAUUUAUUACAAUAGAUCUUUGCAUUCCAGAAUUAUAUACUUCAUUGAUUAGCACAGAAUUGAAAUCUAGGACAAAAAGAAUUAUAUCCGAGCUUCAGUCACUGAUUAAGAAAUUAUCAUCGGAAAGCCAGCUACUAGACGAUAGCCCGACCAAUUGCUCAGAAAAAAUAAGAAAGGAUUUUUUGUUCGUGACAGGCAAAGUUUGGGAUUCUUGUGAUUCUCUAAUGGAGCUCCGGACCCUUGGAAUUGCUGGUCUACUAAUCAGGAAAGCUGAAGAGUAUCGAGAUCUGAUUAAAGAUGCAUUAUACGAGCUACAGGAAUGGGCUUUAGAGGAGAGUGAUGAAGAAGACUUAGAUGAAGCACAAUCUGGAGAAAAAAUAUCCACGAAAAUUGUUCAUUCGUUUGGCUCCCCUAGACAUGUCCCUGAUAGUGACCCAACUUCCAUUCGCCCCAGAAUUCAGGCGACCACCAAAAAGUUACGCCUAACAACCCUUUUAUUCGAGGCUAUCAUAAAACGGAGACUCAAGACUCUUCCAGUUUUACCGAGAAUAGAGAUCGAUGCCAAUCUAGACGAAAAUCCCAUAAAAACCGUUGAAAUUGUUCGUCUCUUAGAUUGCGUCCUCGAAAUGAUGAAGAAAAUACAUGACAUCACUGAUGAUUUGGUAAGCUCCUUCUACGAUUUGGAUGUGGAGCAGAUAGAUCUCGAGAUAGAUAGAUGCUUUUCCCUAGCUUCUAAAGCUUCUGGGAUACUAUUGAACGAUUGGAGAGGCAAACAAGACCCUUUCAGUAAUUGGGUUUUAAAAUUCCAGUCAGAAAUGGCCGUAGAGAGAUUUUCUGAAUGA